AUGUCAUUGUCAUGGCAAUAUGCUUUGUAAUGGAGGAGCAGGAAUGACUAAAGGAUGUUCUCAUUAUUUAAAGUUUUUGAGAGUAAUUUAUAUCUUAUUGUUUAGAAACGAUAUAAAAUAUCUUGGGAAUUCAUCAAAUGGGGAUAAAUUGA